CUCUCUGCCGCCUCCUCCUCCUCCUCCUCCUCCGCCUUUCCCCCUCCCAGCGCGCAAGCAGUUGCCCGUCGCCAGCCCCUCUGAGGGAAGCCUGGCUGGCUGGCUGGCUCGGGAGCCGGCGGCGCGGUGCCCCCAGCUGAGGGAGAGCGGCCGGGGGUGGAGGGUCCCGGUCCUGGCCUCCGCCCUCCUUCAGGAGCCCCAGCAGUUGGAUCACUUGACUGAAAAAGGAUUACUUCAGCUGUUAUCAAAGUUGUGCUUGACCACUGCUUUGGAUGAGCCCUCUUCACACCAUAUCUGGAACAUUCUGGCCUGAAUUCACUUUUUUAUUUUUAAGGGUUCAUGUUGGGAAGAGGUCUGAAACGCAAGCUGAGUGAUUAUGAAGAGAACAUGGCAGGUAUGUCAAGUGCCUUCGAUUCCAGCCGAAACCUGCCAUAUCCACUCAAGAGGCAGCUGGUGCUCAAUGUGUGCCUCACCAAACUACAGACCUACAAGAUGCUGGCAGAGCCAAACCUGCACCGCUCUGUCCUUAUCGCCAACACAGUCAGGCAAAUCCAGGAGGAGAUGAGGCAAGAAAAUAGCCAGCAGUUCGUUCAUAUGUGCAGUGGCUUCAGCACCAGCCCUUCCAGUUACCUGGGCUUGGAUUUGUUUGGAAUGCCGUCACACAUUUUCCCAGGCGUUCAUCAGCAGGAGUCCAACGGUCAUGAGCCACGGCCCGUGGAAGGCCCAAUUGAAAACAACUUGCUGGUGGUUUCAGAUAAUGACAUGUCAUCUGCCAUUUCAUCUAUUCUGAAAGACUUGGACUUCAUGGAGGACGUAAGCCCACCUUCAUACCUGGCUGGAUCUGGAGAUGAUCAGUAUAAGACUUCUGAAACUUCAGGCUUUCGGUUGGAAGAUGACAGACAAGACUUGAAGGGAGUGGAAUGUGCAUUUGGUUCCUUCGAAAUUUCAAGCUCAACUAGCUACUUGAAAGACUUGGCUAUCGAUGACAUUUUUGAAGAUAUUGACACUUCGAUGUACGAUUCAGACUUUGACUGCCCCUCACUAACCCCUCCAAGAGCAUCGCCUGUGGCACCCACAGAAGAGAUAUUGAAAACCUUCUCUUCUUGCAAUUCCUCCUCAGCAAGCAACAUCCCAAUAUGUAGAAGUGAUCUCAGUGAUUUGGACCAUAUCAUGGAGAUUCUUGUAGGGUCUUGAUACUUUUUUAAAAUCCAAAGAUACUUUUUCCUGUGCUGCCACCCAAUGCUGGUUUGAAGUAAAAGCCACAGAGAGAGGGAUUGAACUGCAAAGUGUUACGUUGGAAUGGUAGUUAGACAUUAUCCUUAAGUGGUUCUCAAAACCUCUCCAAAACUUAUAUAUAAACCAAAAAAAGUGGCAAGCUGUUAUAUAAAAUGGAGUAUUUAUUAAACCAAUUGUGCAAUUUUUUUAUCCUAGGGUAAAUGCAAGAAAUAUGUCUCGCACCUUUCCCUAGUCCCACAAAUCUCACUUUUUUAAAUGUGCAAUUUUUAAUCUGUCCGAAAAAUUUGCAUAACAGUAAUUUCCAUAAGGGGAAAACAUCUUCUAAAGUCUAAUGAUUCUAUUUUUAAUAUAAAAUGAGAUUCCUUGUUGACAUUCACUGGAGUUGCAUACUUGGAUUUGCAACCUCAGUAAACACAAAUAUAUUUUUAAAGUAUUUAAAGGACUACAGGCCUCUUCCCUUUUGUUGAAGGAGCUUCAAGAUGCUUGGCAGCAAAAUGCCUUGCAUUUUGUAAAGCAUUUGAAACUAUUUAUUUUUGUAAAAUUUUAUAGUCUUUUUACAUUUUACUACAUUGUUCCAUCAUAGUUUAGAGAUAACAAAAUAGGCACGGCAAAGCACUGAUCUGGUUGGACGGAGCUGGCACUACCUCUCUAAGCAGCAAUGCUGUAACUCUUUCCAGUGCUUUGUCUAAAACUGCAGAUUUUUUUGUUUUCUUGGAUGGUGUUUGUGGUGGUAUAAACAAGAAACUUCUCAGCAUCAUGGCUGACUUCUGAAAUUUUAUGGUAUUUAAUUAUACACAUUUACAAAUGUAAUUUAUAUGUAGAUUAUCCGAUUUUAAACUUUGUCAGUAUUAUGUGCUUCAAUUUGGGAGUAAUAUGGGUUUUUUAAAAUUUAGUAUUUACUGUACAGGUAGAACUAUUUUAACUCUUUGGAGAAUAUUGUAUCUCUGCAACACGAUUUCUAGAUUUUAUGUGCAAUAUACAUCACUUAAGCAGAACAUUUUUGCACACCUUGUAUUCUUAAAGAAGUGCAUCAAAUCCAAAUGGCAGGCACCAAUUCAAGAUACUAAAGGUGUCUGAAGUAUACUGUGUGCACUCUUAUCUCCUGGCAACUUUGUCCUGUAGGAGUUGGGUAGGAUGCGCCUAAGAGCACAGCUGUGGCCUAGCAAGAUUCCUUUUUGUGGGAGGAGGGGUGUUGCUUUGUUCAAAAUGCUAAUCAUAGAUUGUAUGCCUUUCAUGAUGGUUUUUACUCCUUUUUUUUGCAUGAAAAAUCCUAAUAGUCUGCACUGUGCAAAUCUUAGGAUCACCCUAUCAGAAGUUUAGGAAUUUGCACAGCAGUGAUCCCUACAAAUUGCAGAAGCAUAUUUUGUCAUAUUUUAACAGGCUUGCCAUCAGCAUCCAGUAUGCAUGAAUGUGUCAGGACGCAUACAUCCCAGCAAUGCCCACCAAGACUAAAGCCUCUUCCAGCUUUUCUUUGGUGCCACUGAGCAGGCCUUUCCUGCAGUACUGUUGUUGAUUGAAUAUGGAAUUGCAUCAGAUAUCUGUACCCACCUCAAUUUCUGCCCACUCCACCCAUUCAUCAUACCUAUCUAAAAACAGAUGGCGUCAAAGUAUCAAAAGCCAAAACCGGCCAUCCUGUUUGUCAUAGCUUCCAGACACAUUUCUAAAGGCAGAGCAGAUUGUAUCAGAAUUAGAAGACACCCCCCCC